UGGACACAAUUCCAACCAUGGCAAAAUCAACCUUUACCUCCAGGCUGGGAGGCUAGAUAUGAUGGCAACAUCGGAAGAUACUACUUUAUUGAUCACACUACACACAAGACAACAUGGGAGGACCCCAGGUUAAAGAGAACAGAGGCAAUUCCUUUGACUCAGUUUAAGGGAUCAUCAGGCAAUAGAGCUCCUUCAAAUCAGUUGGAAACCAACUUUGGGGGAGUUAGCCCUUUCCAAGCAGGUUCAUCUUCACGACCAACAGCAGCAAAGAAAGUGACUGAGCCUGAGAAACCUCAGCGUCCAGCCAGUUUUACAGAUGACGACUUCCCUGUGGAUAGUAUUCUAUCACAGAUGCUGAAGGAAGACAAGAGUGAACAGGAAAAGGAAAAUGUGAAAAGGAAGUUAAUGGGUGAGUUCCCAGGUGUUGAUGAAGUUGUCAUAGAUGUGGCUCUUCGUUCUGCCAAGCACGAUGAAAGGAAAGCCAGGGAAGUGAUCAAGCAACUGAAAGGUGAUGAUGACAAAAAGAAAGGGCCUGGGAAAGGAAAGAAACAGACAGAAACUAAACCAAGAACCACCAACAAUAGUGGAACAUCUAUUGCAGCUGCCUCGUCAACUGAACAACUCAAUAAAAACAAGGGUAAAGCUGCAACUAAGACCAAAUCCCCCAGUGAGGAGCUUCAUGUCAAGGCCACACCCACUUCGCCCGCACCCCAGCCAGAAGUCAAGCCACCAUCGCCUGCUCCUGCCAAGGUGAAGGUAUCCUCAAUUUUAGUCCCUGGACCUGGUGGGCAGUCAAGGAAAAGUCCGGGGGGAGCAGCAUGGUCAACUCAAGCCCAACCGAAGGUCUACCACUCUCCCCUUCGUUGUGUGCCCAGUGGACCUAAACCUGCAAAUGCACAGGGACCUAACCCACAGAUGCUGCUGCCUGAGUGGAUCCAGCCACAGGGACCACAUACGGCUAAUUAUGCGGGCCCUCAGCGAAGCAAUGUCCAGGGACCUACUAGGCGAGCCUCAAACAGGAAAGUGCCCUUGAAUUGUGGUGCUCAAGCAAGCAAUCAUCAGGGCUCGAAUAUAAACUUGGUUCAUGGAUCAGUUUAUGCCCAAGCUACUUUGCUGUGAAGCUUUGGAAAGCUAACUAAAUAACACUGCGGACACAGACAGUAUAAAAGUGUUUGUUUUAGUUACUAAACAGCUGUAGAAAGGAGUAAAAAAUUUUUGUUAUAAUAACCUCUGGUUUACAAUCAGAUCAUGAGGUCGAGAUUUCUUUUGUGAUAGCUAUUAAGGGUAAAGCCCUAAUCAAUUAUUACACGUAGUAAUCGAGAGCAAAUAAUCUGUUGUAGUGUUUAUUUUUCAGUCCAAUGCUUUUCAUUUUCCCGCAGCCAAACAAUGUGAGGCUACUCACAAGCUAUCACAGAAUAGAUAGCAAGUAACGCAGCCAAUCAGAUCGCAGCAUUUGUGAUAGAAUGCUAUUUUAUUUAUACCAAUAGUCGUUAAGUGGUUACGUAAAGAUGAGACCUAUUGUUUUCUGAUGAAAACUUGACCUAUACAAUUGUACCAAGUUAAAAGGCAGAAAAUUAAUCUUUUCGAAAGAAUUCAAAGACAGCUUCAAUUAAACAGCGUAAAUGAGGAAAUGGCGAA